UUAUCCAUUGCUUGUAUGCUCCUGUGCCCAGAAAGACAUUAUGUCAUCAAUGAGUGGAAGUCCCUUGGAAACUCCUUCCCGGCAGUUGAAGGCUGAGCUUGAACAAGUUAUCACAUUAUGGAAGUCCCUCUAUGGUUCUAUCAUUACAGCACUGUCUUGGUAUACCACUGUUGGCAGUUUCUCUGAGGACCUAGUUCCUGUAUUCAAGAGGUGCCUUGACAAGUAUACUAGUAUUCUUACAUGUGCUAACGAGCUUCACUUAAACUUCAAGGAUUUGGAUCGUCAUCUCAUUUCCUUAUUUGGUGAUGCUUUAUUAUGUAUUCUGAAAAAUUCCAGUUCCUCAGGAUUAAGUUCAGAUGGUAAUACCAAGAGUGGCUAUGAUCACAAGAUCUCUGAUGGCAUUAAAGGCUGCUUGACUUUGGCAAUUAGAUGUAUGAAGUUGUUGCACACAAAGAUAGGAACAGAUGCACCAAUUGGUCUUCCUAGGUUAUAUUCUGAAUUGGCGCUAUUCAUCAGGUCCCUUCACUUGAAGCAGGAUAUCGUUUCCUUUUUUGAGAUGAUAUCCUGUCCAAUGCUUGAGUGGCUGGGAUACAUGGAAACACAGGUUGAGGGUACUAGUGAGCAAUUUGAACUCCUAUGGACCGAAAUGCUUAAUUGUUUCAGACGAAGUCAGCCUCCAAUAGUCUUUGAUUCUGCAUUUCUCGAACUCCAGGCCUCCAUCCUUGAGAAAUCUCUUGAUCACUCAAAACUGGCCAUUUCAGAGCCAACCAUCACCUUUUGGAACUCCACAUAUGGCGAACUAAUCAACUUGGACUACCCCCAGACCUUGCUGCAUGUCCUAGACAAGCUUUGGAGAAAGGGAAGAAUAAACCUCCACAAGAGAAUCCUACCUCUUCAAAGAUGUCAGUCUAAAUCGGAAGCCAUCGCUGCUCCACCAAGAUUCACAGUCAAUAACACAACACACAAUAGAGGCUCCAAAAGAGUAGAACUAGUAGAGAACACCAUAGACAGCAAGCAGAAGGAAAUGCCACAUUCGAUUUUGAAAAGGAAAAGGGUGGAACUGACCGAGCAUCAGAAGGAAGUAAGACGAGCACAACGAGGAAGGGGGAGGGAUUGUGGUGGACACGGCAUUGGUAUCCAGACUUAUACAACACUCGAUUUUUCACAAGGGAACGAGGACUCACAAGGGAAUGAGGAUUCACAAGACAGCGAAGAUAUCCGGAAUCCUGAAUGCAUUUUGCAGAUGUUGAGAAACAGAUAGUUGAAAGUCCUAGAGUAACUUAUGAGGAACCAUCCAGCUUCUUCAUAAUAGUUUCCUGCAGAACUCGUUUUCACUUGCUAAGUAGGA